GCUUUUGUCCUGAGGAUUUAGUACAGAGACGAACCACAUCUACUUUCGACGAUACGAUUUUAUCGAUAGUGUUGGAAAGUGUAUAUAUUAUAGUCACGUAGUUCUCAAAUUGAAAAUGGAUGUACUGGCGAUAGUGUAUGGGCGAUUUCAACCGUAACAGGAAAAAAACCGGCAUAGCCUCUCUCAGCUUUCUCUCUGGUGUUGGCAUCAGUUGGCAUCGCUGGAGAGAUCCAAGAAUCUUUAAAAAUGUACCUUUAAUCUGUGUUAACAGUUGAAUAGUUAAUACAUUAGCCAUUUUUUGAUCGAACUUCUCAACGGAUCUCGUUGAGCGGCGAGUCUAGGUCUAGAAUAACUUGGACUUUCUCUCACGCACUCUCAGAGAAUUAAACGUGAUUGAACGUACAGGUCGGGAUAAUUGAUGACGCCGAGUACAUUCCACAGAUUUGAUUGAAUCGUGCGUCGAGGGCGGUUCAUUAAUCUUAAGUAUUCUGGAGAUAAUUCAGAGACUCUUACACCAUGGUUAAUGUUAACACAAGAGUAUUCUUUGACGUUGAGGUCGGUGGACUGCCUAUGGGCAGAAUAGUCUUUGAGCUAUUUUCAGACACUUGUCCCAUAACAUGCGAGAAUUUUCGAGCGUUAUGUACCGGAGAAAAAGGACUUGGGAAUACGACAAACAAACCGUUGCAUUACAAAGGCAUCGUUUUUCAUCGGGUCGUAAAGGAUUUUAUGAUUCAAGGAGGAGAUUUCUCGAUAGGCAAUGGAACAGGUGGCGAGUCGAUUUAUGGUGGUACAUUUGGAGAUGAAAACUUUAUUAUGAAACAUAACAAGCCAUUCUUGUUGUCAAUGGCGAAUCGUGGUAGAGAUACCAAUGGUUCACAAUUUUUCAUUACAACACAACCAGCGCCUCACCUCGACAAUGUCCAUGUGGUUUUUGGAGAAGUAGUGUCUGGGCAAGAGAUCAUUACGCAUAUUGAAGGACUUCCAGUAGACCGAAUGUCACGUCCAUUGCAAGAUGCUAAGGUUGUGAACUGUGGCGAAUUAGUCUUGAAGAUUAAAAGUAAAGCGAAAAAACGAGAAGCGAAGCAAAGUAGUUCGGCGGAUUCAGAGUCUGAUUCUUAUGCUGAUAAGGCGAAGAAGAAAAAGAAGAGCAAGAAAAGUAAAAAGAGAGCAAAGUCAGAAGAAGGUGAAAUUCGGGAUUCUGAGGAAGACGAUGGGAAACCUCAUCCAUUAGUAUCCGUAACCAAAAUUGAUCCCGACGAAAUUCCAGAAGUACCAGCAAAUAAAUUUUUAUAUAGGGCAGGAUCUACCAAUAAUGCAAAUCAGAAAGAAUUUAGACAGCAUUAUGGAAGAGAUCGUGUACGAUCUCAUAGAAAAACUGGUCGUAUUUUCAAGGGUAGAGGAAUAUUCCGAUAUCAUACUCCUUCUCGAAGUCGUUCCAGAAGUAUGACACCACCUCAUUGGAAGCAAGCUCAAAAUCGUACUAUUAAAUUGCACGAAUUUCAGAAAAUAGAAAAAGAGCGUCUCAAGAAAGAAGAAGAAUUUAAACAACGCGAAAUUGACAGAAUUAAAAGAUUCGUAGAGAAUCCCAAUGAAAAUGAUCAAUUGCCAGAUCUGGAUAACAAUAUAUACACAACGAAAUUGAUGGAGAAUAAAGAGAACGAUCAAGCAGACGAACCAGCGGUUAUGACUAAAAUGGCACAGGAUAAUAACAUAAAGAGAAACGCGGAGGGGAAUGAUAUUAUGCAGAACAAGGAGGAGAUUAAGCAUAGCAAAUAUGAGAAGUCGUUCAAACGUGAUGCUAACCGUUCUUACAAUGAUAGAAACUCUCGGCGUGAUUCUAAAGAUACGAAUAGAAGACGCGAACGCUCUCGAUCAAGAGAUCGUCGAAGAUCCAGAGAGAGAGAUUAUGAUCGUAGAGCAAGUCGUGAUAGAAGAAAUCGGAGAAAUUAUUCUCCUCGAAGACGAGAUUCUUACAGAACCAAUAGACCUGGAAGAGAUAACAGGCAUUAUGAUAAGCGCAAUGAUCGACGUCGGAAUAAUUCGAAUUCCCAUCAGGACAAUGAUAUCAACUCUCGUUACGAUAAGAAUAAAUAUAAGAGGAACGAUAAUGUAUCAGACACGAACCAGGCGAAAUUUAAACGCCGUUCACAGUCAAACAGCUCCAGUAGUCGACACUCCAAAGAUUAAUCCGCGUCGUUUCACGUUCUUUUUUUCGCUUAUUGACACCAAUGAAAUACUAUUAAAGUAAAAUUUGUGACUUAUUUAAAAUAAAUAUUUGAACGAUUAGUUUAAUGCAGUAUUAUCAGAUAUUUCAUAGAUAAGCAUAUGCAAUAAUAUACAUAUGUUUCUGUGGUCCACACAAUAGACCUGUUUCUUAAUUGCCGCACUGGUGAACAGCACUAGAGCUUUUUUUCUUUCACCAAACAUCAAAUAUAUGUCUAUUAUUUUAAGUACGAGUGACACUAGUUCAACUAUAAAGAAUAGAUUUAAUAAAGCCGUAAUCAGACCAGAGAAUGGUGGCGAAUUCGGUACACAUGCACUGACUCUGCUUUGGUGCUGUUCUGACAUGGUGCAAGUGCAAAACCACUCUUUAGUGCUAUGCCAAACUGCACUAUCAGAAACAUCAGUGUAACAUUUCUUGAACUCGUUCAUCCAUUUGGUUGGCCCGAAUAUAAAUUCAGCUAUAUUGAGUCAGUUUUCAUUUGCCGAAUAUGACAAAAUGGAACUGAUACAGUGCACAUAAGCCGAAUGUGUGACACUGAAAAAGUUCGUACUAAGUACGCACUAGUGCAAUAUGCCGAAUUCGCUAUGAAAUUGAAUGUUGGAUUGGAAUUUAACCAAUCAGCAAAGUUCACUAAACUUGAGAUUGGUUUUCUUUUUUCCGAGUUUAAAUUAAAUUCCAAUCCAAUCUCAAAUCUCGAGUCACUUUUCAUGUAUUGCUGCGAAACUGAACUUUUUUCCAUUAUUCGUAUGGAUAUAUUAUAUAUGUAGGGAUGUAAUUUUAAAUAUAAUCAAUUACAAUUAAUUGUUAUAAUUAUAUUUGAAUAACAAAGCAUGAAAUUAAUACUGCAUUAUCUAAUCGUAUAAAUAUUGAAAAUCAUGCAAACAUCUUUUAGAUAAUCAAUUUGGGAUAUCUCGCCAAUGCUACUGAGCAUUCUAAUACUAUCGAUGUACAAUCACCAACAUAUUUGCGAAAUGCGAAUCAAUAAUACCAUAAUAAUAUUGGAGCAAUAUAUCUCGUUUUCCUUUCGAUUACAUAUUUGUGGUUGAUGCACAUGCUUUAUCAUUGGAAUGUACAAUAAGAUUUAUCUACACAUUUACAUACUUUUAUGAAAAUGACAUCUAUUUUUCGCAUCUUUAUUUCUUUUCUAUGUUAGAUAUAUAUGUAUAUUGUACUGGUAAAUAUUUUCAAAAUAUUUCUGUAUGAAGUCUCUCCAAAAAAAAAAACUUUUCAAUAUCAAUUCCUUUUAAAAUUCACAUAGUUGUUUUGUUAAAAUGCAUGUAUACAAAACAGGGUGUGCAAAAAGUCCCGGGCCCCUUAAAUAUCUUAAAAAGUAAGCAUUUUUUAGAAAAAUGUUUCAGACAAAAGUUGAGAGUUUAAAAAGAUUUAUUCACUAAUCACAUCUGUUUGACCUUUGAUGGCGUCACCAAGGUCAGAUCAAGAUCAAAUUGAUUUUUUAAAUAGAACACCCUAUUUUUUUAUACCAGAAUCUAAUAGCUUUUCAGCUUGUUCAGAAUAUGUGAAUAACAUUCAAGUGAUUUUAACUAUUGGUUGGACACGUUGGAUAAUGCUAAUAUCGGCGGUACUGUAAUUUUCAAGCUUUAUAACUUAAAAAAUACUUAAUAAAAAAUAACUUUAUUAUAGUGUUUUGGAAAGCUCUUCACAUCAGCUAUUAAAUUCUGAUAUCAAAAAUAGGGCGUUCCCCAUUAAAAAAAAUUGAUUUGACCUGACCUUGGCGACGCCAUUCAAAGUCAAACGGAUGUCUUCUUAAUUAAUGGCACCUGCUUCUAAGAAUAAGCCUUUAGAAGUAAAUGCAGUCAGAUCGCGUUUCAAAAUAGAAUACAUAAAAACGAGUUUGAAUAGUAAUGCUCGUUUAAAGUCGGCCACACUUUCCGAAAAAUGUUUAGAUAAUACAAUACUCGGAUCGAGGCACGUCUGUCCCUUGAGCUGAGCGAUUUCUCGAGAUUUAUGCCUCCGGCACACCAACGCGAUGUUCGUCGCGCGCGACACGCGAUAUCCAAUGAGUGUACAGCCUUAUCGAUUUUUUCAUUCUAAAGGUAUACUGUCAUUGGAUCAUUGGAUAUAGCGUGUCGUGCGUAACUAACAUCGCGCUGGUAUGCCGGAGCUAUUGUAGCUCCUGCACACUGGACGCGGAAACGUUUGCCGCACGGCAAAACGUGAUGCAGCAGCCAAUAAGUUUACAGCUCCUACAUGUUCAUUGGUUACCACGUUGCAUUUUGUCGCGCGGCAAGCGUUUCUGCGUCCAGUGUGCAGGAGCCAUUAGGCUGCGGUCGAUUUGGACGCUCACGCGCUUUAUUAGUCCGGAUCUACAAUAGGUGUUUCAAGUUUUAAGCUGUAAGAAAUUGACCAACUACAAUCGAAUGCAAGAAUAAUAGAUUAUGAUUCAUCCAUUUCUUAUGGCUUAAAGCUUAAAAAUUUAUCCGGGGUCAGCCCGGAUCUACAGUAAAUUUUUAAGCCUUAAGCCAUAAGAAAUGGAUGAAUCAUAAUCUAUUAUUCUUGCAUUCGAUUGUAGUUGGUCAAUUUCUUACAGCUUAAAACUUGAAACACCUAUUGUAGAUCCGGACUUAACCGCCUGUAAUCAUCAUUCUGUCUUUAUCGUUCAUUAGACGUAAAAUAAGAAUAGAAGUACUGAAAAGCGCUGAAAGCAUCCAAAUCGACUGCAGCCUUGGUUAAACGGAUGUGAUUAGUAAAUAGACUUUUUUAAACCUUACAAUUUCUGUCUGAAACUUUUCUCAAAAAUGCUUAUUUUUCAAGAUAUUUAAUGGAUUCAUUGACUUUUUGU